AUGAGUCGGGUUUUCUCUCUCUUUCUCUCUCUCUCAACUGGGUGUUGUGUAGUGCGCUCACUUGCUGCUUCUAUUCAGUGUCAAGGCCAGACAAUCAGGUUUUCUGACACGUGCGCUUGUCCAACCCACACAAUUCGCCUCCUACUUCUACCCACUACCUCAUUUUUGUCCUCUAUACCAUCUAUUUACUUCUUUUUUCUUUUUUUUUUCUUUUUUAAUCUAUCUAUAUUCUUUUUACGCCCCUCCUCUUUCUCCAUCGAUUUUUCCACAAAUUUCAACAGCUUUUCUUUUGCUGCUCAUUUGAUUCAAAAUUUAACUUCCUCUUCAAAUUCGUUUUUCUUCUUGACCGAGGAGGUGUGUGAACCGGGCAAUAGGCAAACCUAUCUAUCUAUCUAUCUAUCUAUCUAUCUAUCUAUCUAUCUAUCUAUCUAUCUAUCUAUCUAUCUAUCUAUCGCGUUUUUAUGUUGUCCUCUCUUUCUGAUACUUGUUUCUAUAUUUCUUUCUCUUAAAAAUGUCCGUUUCAGUUUUUUUUAUCUAUUGCAUAUAAAUUCACAAACCAAACUCUCUCUCUCUCUCUCUCUCUCUCUCUCAUUAGCACAUAACAAUCGCCUAAAAAUAUACAACGACUGCACCACUAGAGAAACUCUAAUCUUUUUUCUUUCUUUGUCUUCUCCUCAACCUUUUCUUUCUCUGCUCUUCUCAUCUUUUUUUCUUUAUCUGCCUCUUUCUCUUUAUCCUUUUUCCCUAUGA